AUGGCCAAAGCCGAAUCCGACCUCAAAUCCAUCCUGGAUGGCGGCUUCAAUCCGCACGACUUCGCUUGGUACGAGCCCGAAUUGGCGGUGGUUCCUGAGCCGGCAAAGACUUUGCUGGAGAGCUAUAGCAAGAUUCCAACGGAGCAGGUGAUAGAACAUGUGAAGAGAGUUAGGGAUCGGGCAUUCGCUGUGUUCCCGUAUCCUUGUAUUGGAUCAUUCCGAUUUCUGGACUUGAGCAUCCCACAAUCACCGCUCUACCCAGAAAUUCUGGAGAGAUUGAAGUCCGGACAGAAGCUGCUCGAUGUCGGAUGUGCGGUUGGACAGGAGCUGCGGCAACUGUUCUACGACGGCGUCCCCUCCGAAAACCUGUACGCCUCAGACCUACGGCAAGACUUCUACGAUAUUGGUUACGAUCUGUUCAACGACCACAACACCCUCAAAGCUCAAUUUAUCGUAGCAGACAUAUUCGACGACAACUCCAAUCUUGUAAAGAAGUUAACUGACAAGGUUGACAUCAUCAAUGCGGCUUCGUUCUUUCAUCUGUUCAACUGGGAUCAGCAGGUUCUUGUCGCGAAACGGCUCGUCGGGUUACUCCAGGAUAAACCUGGGUCUCUUUUGAUCGGGCGACAGGUUGGUCGCGUUGAUCCCCCGCCUCCGGAGGACGAGGAAGCGGCUGGGAAGCACUAUCGUCAUGAUGUCUCGACGUGGAAGAAGCUUUGGGAGCAGGUUGGUGUCGAGACGGGGACUGAGUGGAAAGUCCAGGCUUGGAUGGAGAAGUGGGCUGGGGCAGAUAAGAUGAUGAAGGAUUAUCAUGAGGGAUUGGACACUUUCAAGUUGAGGUUCAGUGUGCGGAGGAUAUAA